AUGAUAAUUAAAUAUUAUAUAAUUUAUUUAUUUAUUAUUAAUGAUAUAUUAUUAAUAUUAAAUAAUUUCAUUUAUGUCUAUUCAAUAAAUAAUCAAUUAUUGAACGAAAAAUCAAUGAAAAAAUCAAUAAUCAAUCAUACAAUGAUAAUCAAUAAUCAUAAUUAUAAUGGUUAUUGGUUUAAUAAAGGUAUAGAAUAUCAUUUAUGUACUCAAUCUAUAAUAAAAAAUUAUAAUUAUUUAUUAUUUAUUAAAAAUCAAUAUAAAGAUUGUGAUAAAUUAUCAAUACAAUUAUUAAUCAAUAAUCAAAUUGAUUUAAUCAGUAAACAUAAUAAUCAAUUAAAUUAUGAAUUAUUAAUGAAAAAAAUUAUAUGUAUAUUACAAAAAAUUAAUUGUCCUAUUAAUGAGAAAUCAUUUCAAAUUCAUGAUAUUCCCUGUCAAUCCUCAUGUCUAUCUCUUCUUUCUAUAUGUGGACAAUUACAUAAGACUCCUCAAUCGUUCUUCAUGAAUAUCCCAUCUAGUUGUCCAAAUAAUAAUCUAAUACAAACAUCCCAUAAAAGAUGGAUAUAUGAAAAUAAUAAUCAUUAUCAAACAACUCUAUCUCCAAUACAAUCCACUACAAGUUAUACUACUUAUCAUCAUAUGCCUAAUUCUAAACAAUAUACCAAAUAUCCUAAUUAUAGAACUUAUCUAUCAUCUAGAUCAUUCUUACUAGAUGAUCAUUAUGAAUAUGAUCAAAUGAAAUCAAACUAUCAUCAUAACAAUCAUCGUUAUCCUCGUCAAAUCAAUAUGAAUAAUAAUGAUAAUCAAUAUGAUUCAGAACAAUCAAAACAAUCUAUGGAAUAUUUAAAUCAUUAUCAUUUAAAAAAUUUACAUAUACCAUUUACUCCAACACAACGUAAAUUAUUAUUAACCAAAGAGGAUUGUUUAUUAUUACCACCAGGAGGUUGUGACAAUUGGAUAGAUCCUUCAACGAAUUUACAACGUUUAAAAGCUUCUAAUUAUAAAGAAUAUUUAAAAUUAAAUCUUGGCUGUCCAAAGGAUAUCCCUGAAAUAUGUAAUGAAAUGUUUCCUACAUUAUAUACAAGAAGUAAAUGGAUUAAAUCUAAUUUUACUGUGUCUGCUAUAAUACGUAUAUCUGGUACAUUAUGGUGGUUUGGUAAAAAUGAUCAUUAUCAACCAUUAUUUCGUUUUCAUAUAUUAAAAACAUUUGAUUCAGAUAUACAUCCAUAUGAUGAAAAAAUGAUCUUAACUUAUUCAUGGCCAUUAAAAUGUAUUUGUAUAGAUGAAAUUAUAAUUGGUAAAAAAUAUUUAAUGUUAACUCAUUCAUUUAAAUCAAGACAAACAUUACAUAUUACAAAGAAUACUGUAUUUCUAUCACGUGUAAGACGUUAUACAAGAAAAUUGGCGUCGGUUAAAGAAGUUAAUUGUAUAAAAGUUUGA